AUGCCCGCUUCAAAAUCCAAAAACAUCAUCAUAACCGGCGGUGCGCGCGGCAUAGGUCGCUGCACCGCACGCCACCUUCUCUCCCUCCCCGCCUCGCACCGCGUCUUCAUCCUCGACUUUGACGCCGAAGAACUCGACUACGCCGUCUCCACGCACCUGUCCGCCUACGCACCCCGCGUAAGCUCCCACGUGACGGAUCUCACCAAGCCCGACGAGAUCCGCACUGCCGUCGCGCAAGCCGCCGAGUUCUUCGGGGGCCGAAUCGAUGUACUGAUCAACAAUGCGGGCAUUGCCCGCGGCUUUUUCAACGCCGGAAACGGCACAAUGGAAGAUGAGGCCACAGGCGCACAGUGGGAAGCCUACAUUGCUACCAAUCUCAGUGCACCGUUCUACAUGAGCCAAGCGGUGAUUCCGUUCAUGAAGAGCAAGAAUACGCAAAAGGAGGGCGCAAAGGGUGUGGAUAGGAGGAAAGAUCUCAAGCGGACCGAGGAAUUCAAUCAGUUACCUACCAACUUGCAUGGAGAAGACAAGCUGGAUGAGGGCGGUUGCAUAAUCAACGUUGCAUCGUUUCGUGCGCACCAGUCUGAUCCGGAUUGUGAGGGGUAUGCGGCGAGUAAAGGGGGGGUGUUGGCGUUGACGCAGGCCAUGUCGAUUUCGUGUCAGAGAUGGGGAAUCCGUGUUGUGGCCAUCUCGCCGGGGUGGGUCAGUGUGCAGCACGAGUGUAAGGCGAGGGAUUUGGAGAUCAAGGAGCAGCAGAAUGGCGCGUACAAAGAUGUUGCGCCGCAUGAAGAGUCGGCGCAGAAGCUGAGGAUGAUGGCGUGGGCCGAUGAUCUGGAUGAGUUGUACCAUAAGCAGCAUCCUGCUGGCCGGGUGGGAAGAGGAGAGGAUCUUGCGGAGAUGGUCGAGUAUGUUAUGGGAGCAGGCUUUUUGAGCGGUCAAGAGUUGAUUCUUGAUGGAGGUGCCAACAGGAGAAAGAAUCCUAAUAUCUGA